AUGGACAGUUACUUUAAAGCUGCAGUUUGUGACUUGGACAAACUACUUGAUGAAUUUGAACAGAAUACAGAUGAGUAUGACUGCUACAGAACACCCCAAAAUCCAUAUGACUCAAAACACCAUUCGCUUUCUUCAGUUCUGGAUUGCUUACAACAUACAUACCCAACACCAAAACUGCAAGAGGAUGCUAACAGUUGUACUUCAUCAGAAGAGAUCUCUCUAGCUAGUCACCUUGGAGCACAUGAAGUGCUUCCAAGUUACUCAUCACAAAAUGAGCAACAGAAUGUUUCUGGACCUGAUCUUUUGUCUACUGUGGACAGCAGUUCCUUAAAUGAAAUUCAGGCUUCAAACCUAGGAAGUUGCAGUGUACCUGUGUGCGAUCUCGUUAAUGACACAGGUAACUUAAUCCACUCAGUGGCUGCUCAGGAAGAUACUCAAAAGUUGCAGCCAGAUGACUUGCAGGACAGUGAAGGCUUGAUUGGCUUUGGAGUAUCUUGCAUACCUGUUCCUACUUGUGUGUCAUCAGCUGGUGGCAGCAGUGUUUCAAGUACAGAGCAGAGUGAUGGGAGCUCAACACUACAAGAUUUGGGACAUCUUAAAAAGGAGGAGAUUAAUCAUUUAGCUUUAAAAUCAGACAGUUAUGCUACAGGAAAGAUCUCAAUUCCAUGUGAUGAUCAACAUAGGACAGAAGAUGUAAAGUGCAGUGAAGUAUUUGAGCAGCUUGUACAAACUGCUUGCCUUAGUACUGCAUGUGUAACAUUACAGGAAUCAGAUGUGUACAGUCCUGAAGAUGAGAAAGCGUAUGAAAAAUUGCGUUGUGAACUGCAAGAUGAAAGUGCAGGUUCUGCAGCAAGCAAAGAGAUGAAUGGAAGAGAUGCUAUAGAAAAGGUAGAUUCAAAAGAUGAGAACAGUGUUGAAUCCAUGCCUUCAGAUCUGCCAGGGAGGCCUCAGUGGCACAAAAGCCAUGCAGCAUUACCUGUAAAUGGUGUUUUACAAGGCUCCUCAUUUGGAACAGGAGCUAAAGUAGAACUGGAAAAGAAAAUCACAGAGGAGAAUGUAGGUACAGAAGAACUUAAUAGCAAUGAAAUACUAAACAGUGUUUCAACUCCAUGUAUUUCAGUUGAGGACAUACAGACCCCACGGUCGUGUUUUUCACUUCCUAUAUCUGUAUGUGGUUCUCUAGUUGUAACGGACGAAAAAGUUACUCCGUUACCUCAAAAUGUGGCAGAGGGUAUUAGUGAUACUUCAGCUGUUCAUGCUGGAAUGUCUAAAACUGAUAUCUCUGAUACGGAAUCUUGUGAAAACACUGACUUGAAGGAACCAGAAGUAUAUGUAGGUAAAAUCCAUGAAAGUAUUGUGGAAAAAAGUAUAAGUGAAGAGAGUUGUAGUAAUGAAAAUGUAAUUGAUGACAGUGAUUCUCAGCAAAUCGAAGCUUUUGCUUCUGCCUGCCUAGAGUAUGAAGCAGAGCUAUAUGCUGGUGGUAUAGACUCUUAUUACAAUGAAAGUAUGAGCCCAGUUAUGUCUGACUUUACUGUGGAGGAGAAUGUUAUUAAAAGUGAUACUCUAAUAAGCGAUGCUGAGCUUGAUGAUUUCUUGUAUGGACAAAGUCUUCAAUCCAGUGUGUUGAAGUCUUCAGAUGAUGAUAGUAACUUAAUGGGAGCUGAUGCAGAUGAAAGGAAUUUAAUAAAUGUGAACAACCUGGAUUUCACAGAGCUCACUGAAGAACACAUGCAAGCAAAACUGGAGGAUAUAACAAGCAUUAGUGAUAAUCUUGAAGUAUCUCUUACUGCCAGUGAAUCGGAAUCUGUAACAGAAGAGAGUAUGUCCAGUAGUCGGGACAUGAUUGAGAGCAGUCGUGAAGCAUCAGUUCCUAGUGUUUGUACUGAAGGUGCAAGACCAAAGCAGUUGCUUGGCCUUUCCCACAGAGCUGUUGGUCAAAGACAACAGAGAAGAACAGAUGUACUUGAGAGGGAGAAUCAGGAGGCCAGUUCUGUUAUCCCAGAAGCUCCUCUCUCGGGCACCAGCGUACAGGUUGGUAAAAAUCCUUACCCUGCGCACUCUGGGGAAAGCAGCUCUGAAGCUGGAGGAAAUCAAACAUCUGAAAAUGUGAAAUCGCUUAAAAUACCUGCAAUUCUGUCCUGGAAACAGCCAUUGUGGGUUCCUGAUUCAGAGGCGCCCAACUGCAUGAACUGCCAAGUCAAGUUCACCUUUACAAAAAGACGGCACCACUGUCGUGCAUGUGGAAAGGUUUUUUGUGGUGCCUGUUGCAAACGAAAAUGCAAACUACAGUACAUGGAGAAGGAAGCAAGAGUGUGUACUGGCUGUUAUAAUGACAUUAAUAAAGCACAGGCAUUUGAAAGGAUGAUGAGUCCAACUGGUCCUGUCCCAAACUCCAGUGUUUCUGUUGAGUGUUCUACUGUUCCACCUUUGGAGGAAGCUCAGAUACCUGGUAGUGCUAGCUCUCCUUCACCUUCUACAUCAUUACCUAUCCCAGUACUUAAACAGCCCGGUAUUGAAGGGCUGUGCCCCAAAGAACAGAGGAGAGUUUGGUUUGCAGAUGGGAUUUUACCAAAUGGUGAAGUGGCAGAUACAACAGUACUUUCAUCCGGAGCAAGGAGGUCAUCAGAGGACUUAAGUCCGGUAAACCCUGAGUUGCCAGAGAUGCAUAUGGCUGUAAGCCCAGAGGAAGAUGACAUAUUACCUGAUGUAGAUCCAAAACAGAAGGAAGAAAGCGAUGAUACUACAAAAAUGGAGGAAUUAUGUCCUGUUUCUUCAGAUGAUGCACAGCAGGCCGUUCCAGGCCAGAGUGAGCUGGUACAGAGUCGUACAUCUGUAACUUUAGAAACUGAAGAGUGUUCUCCUGCUGCAGAAGCUGAGAAGACUAGUUCCAGUUCAGUUGAUCAGACUACUAGUGAUGUGCCUGUUAGUCCUUCAAGUUACAGAGCACUGUGUGGUGUUGAGAACUGUGUUCGCAAAGAGAUCAGCCUUGUUCCUGAUGGUGAUAAACUGCCACCGCUUCUGCUUGCAGUGGGUGAAAAAGGAAAAGAUCCUCUAGUGGAAGAACAUCCAUCUCGCCAAAAGAUCACCUUGCUUCUUGUGGAAGGAGGUCCUAAUCUGUUAACUUUUAUCCUAAAUGCAAACUUGCUUGUGAAUGUUAAGCUAAUAACUUAUUCUUCAGAAAAGUGCUGGUACUUCGCAACAAACGGACUUCAUGGUUUGGGUCAGGCGGAAAUUGUCAUUCUGUUGCAGUGUUUGCCAGAUGAAGAGAUUUUUCCUUGUGAAAUACUAAGAUUAUUUAUUGACAUCUAUAAGGAUGCAAUGAAAGGAAGGUUAAUAAGAAGCAUGGAAAACAUUACUUUUACUGAAAACUUUUUCAGUAACAAAGAGCAUGGAGGACUCCUGUUUGUUUCACCAACUUUUCAGAAACUUGAUGCUCAGAUUCUACCAGAUCACCCUUUUCUUUUCGGUGUUCUCAUCCAUAAGCUGGAAAUACCCUGGGCAAAAGUUUUUCCUAUUCGUUUAAUGUUAAGACUGGGAGCAGAAUACGGGGCAUAUCCUACUCCUGUAGUAAGUUUCAGGCACCGGAAGCCACUCUUUGGUGAGAUCGGACACACAAUUAUGAACCUACUUGUUGACCUUAGAAAUUACCAGUAUACUUUGCAUACCAUAGACAACCUGUUUGUUCAUGUGGAAAUGGGUAGAAGCUGUGUUAAAAUACCCCUAAGGAAGUACAAUGAGGUAAUGAAGGUGAUAAAUUCUUCUAAUGAACAUGUAAUUAGUAUUGGAGCAAGUUUUAAUACUGAAGCAGAUUCUCACUUAGUGUGUGUGCAGAAUAAGCAUGGCCUUUAUCACACACAAGCAAUCAGUGCUACUGGACAUCCCAGGAAAGUUACAGGUGCAAGUUUUGUGGUGUUUAAUGGAGCCCUAAAAACAUCUUCGGGAUUUUUAGCUAAAUCCAGUAUAGUUGAAGAUGGACUAAUGGUACAAAUAACACCAGAAACGAUGGAAAGCCUACGUCAGGCGUUAAGAGACAAGAAGGACUUUAAAAUAACUUGUGGCAAAACAGAUACAGGAGACAUGAAAGAAUAUGUAGAUAUUUGCUGGGUAGAAAAUGAAGAAAAAACAAACGAAGGAAUUUUAAGCCCAGUUGAUGGAAAAUCAAUGGAAGGAACUCAGAGUGAGAAAGUACCACAAGGCAGAGACUUUCAAAGAGAAGGAAAAGUCAUGAAGUGUACUGAAGUUA